AUGUAUGUAGAAACAUUCAACUCAGAGAAAAAGAGAAGUGGGGUAAUGAUGAGGAAAAGCAAUGAGAAAGCUAUUCAUACUCAUUGGAAGGGAGCUGCUGAGAUGAUAUUAGCAAUGUGUUCAACUUAUUAUGUCAAAAGUGGGGAACUAAUAGAAAUGACUGAGGAGGAAAUGAUGCAAUUUAGGGCACUAAUUCAUAAUAUGGCAGCCAAAAGCCUUAGAUGCAUUGCCUUUGCCCACAAAAAAGUCAUAGAAGAAAACAAGCAAGUCUCUCAGAAACUUGAAGAAACUGGAUUGACCUUGUUGGGGCUUGUGGGAUUGAAGGAUCCAUGUAGACCAAGGGUUAGAACAGCUGUAGAAUCAUGCAAGAAAGCAAACGUGAGCGUUAAAAUGAUCACUGAUGACAAUCUACACACAGCAAGAGCUAUAGCUAUUGAAUGUGGAAUUCUUAAUCCUGAAGAGGACAUGGACAACAAAGCAGUAGUAGAAGGUGUUGAAUUCAGAAAUUACUCACCUGAAGAGAGAAUUACAAGGAUAGACGAUAUCAGAGUAAUGGCAAGAUCAUCCCCAUUUGACAAGCUUCUGAUGGUACAGUGCUUGAAAGAGAAAGGUCAUGUGGUAGCAGUCACCGGUGAUGACACGAAUGAUGCCCCUGCUCUUAAGAAAGCAGAUGUUGGGCUUUCCAUGGGAAUUCAAGGUACAGAGGUGGCAAAAGAAAGCUCAGACAUAAUUAUCUCGGAUGAUAAUUUCAUCUCUGUGGUGACAGUUUUGAGGUGGGGGAGGUGUGUCUACAACAACAUUCAGAAGUUCAUUCAAUUCCAGCUCACUGUUAAUGUUGCUGCCCUUGUCAUCAACUUUGUUGCAGCCAUCUCUUGUGGUAAAGUCCCCCUAACUGCAGUUCAGCUACUGUGGGUGAACCUCAUUAUGGACACCGUGGGGGCACUAGCAUUGGCCACUGAGCAGCCCACCGAUGAGCUCAUGGCAAAGUCACCUGCAGGUAGAUCGGAGCCACUUAUGACCAAAAUCAUGUGGAGAAACCUUAUUGCUCAUUCCUUGUAUCAGAUAGUCAUCUUAAUUAUUCAACUUUUUAAGGGGAAGUCCAUCUUUGGGGUGGAUGAAAAGGUCAAGAAUACGCUCAUCUUUAACACUUUUGUCCAGUGUCAAGUCUUUAAUGAGUUCAAUUCAAGGAAGCUGGAAAAGAUUAAUAUAUUUGAAGGGACACUGGAGAAUAAGCUGUUCUCAGUGAUCAUUGGAUUUAUUAUCAUUCUUCAAGUGCUAAUGGAGUGCUUGUAUUGGUAUUGCCGCUUUAUCUUUGCUCCUUGGUUGUGCUGUGAAGUGUAUUCCCAUAUCCCAAUGAUAUGUACAUUUUAA